GUAUUUCCUUGUUUACCUGCGUUGAAUAGUUAUUGUACGUUCAGUUGCAAAAAAAAAAUAAUUGAAAUACGAACAUUAAUUUAUUCAUCACGUGACCAAGCCCUCUUCAGCAAGAACUAGAACAUCAAGAACAAUGGGAGACUACGGAGGAGGUUAUCAACAGCGUAGUUUUGGAGGUGGUAGAGGCGGUGGCCGUGGUGGUGGUGGAGGAUUUGGUGGUGGUGGCAGAGGAAGAGGUGGCGGUGGCCGAGGGGGUGGUGGUGGAGGAGGAGGAAAUAGAGGAAGCAGAGAUGCCGAUUAUUACACAGACCCAAAUGCAGAGAACUUUUGCAAACUUUUCUUGGGUGGUCUUGCACCUGAAACAACAGAAGAUUCUAUUAAAGACCAUUUUGGAUCAUAUGGAACAAUUGUAGACUGUGUUGUUAUGAGAGACCAGGAAAAGAAGAGAUCAAGGGGGUUUGGCUUUGUCACAUUUAGUGAAUCCUCCUGUGUAACAGAUGUACAGGCAAACAGACCACACAAAAUAGAUGGCAAACAAAUAGAAACAAAAAGAGCUACUCCUAAACAUCAACAGGCGGAGGGUCAAGAUGCUAAAGUAUCAACUAAAAAAUUAUUUGUUGGUGGAAUUAAAGACGAUAUGACUGAAGAUAUGUUACGUGAAGAAUUCUCAAAAUAUGGAAAUGUACAGUCCGUUAAAGUAAUACAGGGAAAAGGGUUUUGCUUUAUCGAGUUUGAUGACCAUGAUGCUGUAGACUGGUGUAAUUUGAUUGGCAAAUUCCAAAUUUGUGACAAGUGGGUGAAUGCAAAGAAAGCUCAGGACAAAAGCAAGCAACCACAGCAAGGCGGACAGCGUGGAGGUGGUGGUGGUUACGGACAACAGGGCUAUGGCGGUGGCGGUUAUGGAGGAGGUGGCUACGGUGGUGGCGGCGGGUACGGAGACAGUGGUUACGGAGGUGGAUAUGGUGGAAAUGAUUAUGGUGGUGGAUUUGGUCAAGACUACCAGGGAAGUUACGGAGGUGGUCCAAUGAAAUCAUCAGGUGGUUACGGAGCUCAGAGAUCUCAACCUUAUGGAGGUGGAGGUGAGUCAUAUGAUGGUGGAUAUGGACAGGGUGGUUAUGGAGGUGGACAGGGCGGUUACGGUGGUGGUGGCGGAUAUGAUCAAAGUGGCGGCUAUGGCAGUGGAGGUGGUGGUUACGGAAGUGGCUACGGCAGUGGAGGUGGUGGUGGCGGAUACGGAGGUGGCAGUGGAGGAGGCGGCGGUGGCUAUGGCAGGCGGUAGACUGGCUCUAUCACACACAAAAGGAACACAGUAGAUUGGCUGAAUCAAUGAAGCAUGAGGAAUAAAUAAUCCAGAUAAUACCUGCCAAAGCAGUCCUUAAACCUUAAGUGCUCCUAUGAGGCUUAAUUAAGGCUGAUAAGUGAAAUCUUCCAAGCUGACCUUAAGGAUAAUGUGAUUAAAAGCCAAUAAGCCAGUCAAUUUAACAGGGAGUAUAGUAUAGUUGAACAGCUAAUAAAAGUGAGGCUUGAGGAAAUAAUUGGCCUAUUCAAUUAACACCAAUAAUAGUGAAAUCCUUUAAAGGGAUUUAAUAAACAUCAAGGAUAAGUAAUGAUUGAAAUUAUAACGGAGACGGCUAAUCUACUGUGUUCAUGUAUCUUUCUUAGUGUUCAUUCCCAUUGUGAAUCAUAGUUCAGUAUUUCAUCCAGAGAAGACUCAACAUCCAUCAUGUAGAAAAUCUGAUUUUCAUUUUCGUAUCGUCUUAAUGUUGUUUUUUGAAGUAAAUAAAUCAUAAUUUUUAACUUGUGAAA